AUGGCGCCCGCGCCGCCUGCUACCGACGACCAUGUCGGCCCUCACCCAUCCUUUAUUGAGAUCGCGAAGCCGUAUAUCUUCGAACAACGGUUGCAGGAAUACCUGAGUGCUAUUGGGAUGAAUGAGACACGGGAGGAUGCUGUGAGGCUGCAGGGCGUUGCUUGGAUCGACAAUGUGAGGAAGUCGAUGCAGCUGCCGGUUCGUACAUUCAACACGGCUGUUGUGUACUAUCAUAAAUUCCGUCUGCUACACCCGGAUACGGAGUACAAUUAUGUUGAUGCCGCUGCAGCAGCAUUGUUCACGGCCUGCAAGAUCGAAGACACUCUCAAGAAAUCUAAGGAGAUCCUGUGCGCAGCCUCCAACCUGAAGCUAUCGCCAUCCGAGCACCUCAGCCCCGAUGACCCAAUCUUCGAGACCCAUUCAAAAAGCAUAAUUGGCUUAGAACGCCUCAUGCUUGAGGGUGCGGGCUUUGACUUCCGCAAUCGGCACCCCCAGAAGCUGGUCGUUAAGAUUGCCAGAAGCUGCGGAUUCCCCAAAGACACAAUCUCCAAGACAGCAUACAACGUUUGUCUCGAUCUCUACAGAACCUUUGCUCCACUCAAGCAGGGGACGUCGACUAUGGCCAUUGCCUGUGUCGAGCUUGCAGCGCGUUUGCAUGAGGCUGAUCUUUCUACCCUAGUUGGAGAUCGAGGCAUCAAGUACAAGAAGUGGGGUACAUCGCGAGCUGAAGUAAUGGAAACCCUCCUGGACCUUCUUGACAUGUACACUCACCAUCGCGCCGCUACCAUGAUCGGUCAACUGCAUCCAAUCGAAACCUUCAUCAACAUGCGCAUCACUCUAAACCAAGAAUCGACCGCUAGUGACAUUCCGCGGUUCACUGAAUUCUCAAAUACCCCUAAGCUAUCUCCAAUAGCGACAAACGGCUUCAAAGUGAGGAACGGCAUCGCUCCCACAAGCCCCGUAACCCCGAUGACGCCUGGCACCACCUCACCUGGACAAGGGCCGACCUCGGCAAUCGGAAUCCGUGGCCAGAACGGCACCGUUCGGUUCAUGCUGGAUGCGGCUCGCGCGCGAGAAGAGAAGCGGACUGUUGAGAACUUCUACAAAGUGGAGCAGGAGGAGUACGAAGUCGAAGUUCCGGCAUCACCGGAGAGGCGGAGACCACGUUGAGCAUUCCACUGCUCUCGG